GCGCCCGGUCGGGCUCGGUCGGGCGACCGCGGCCAUGACGCAGGGUCCGGGCGGGCGCACGCCCCCCGCGCCCCCCGCGCCCCCGGAGCCCGAGGCGCCCACCACCUUCUGCGCGCUGCUGCCGCGCAUGCCGCAGUGGAAGUUCGCUGCCCCCGCGGGCUUCCUGGGCCGGGGCCCCGCGGCAGCUCGGGCGGCCGGGGGCGCGGGGGCCGCCGACUCCCAGUCCGAGCCGGCCGGUCCGGCCAGCGUCCCUGCGCUGGCGGCCGCGGUCCUGGGCGCCUGCGAGCCGCGCUGCGCCGCGCCCUGUCCGCUGCCGGCGCUCAGCCGCUGCCGGGCCGCCGGGGGCAGGGGCCCGCGGGGCGCGCGGGGGGCGGCCGGGCCCGCGGACGCCAGCGCCGACGAGUGGAUCCGCAAAGGCAGCUUCAUCCACAAGCCGGCGCACGGCUGGCUGCACCCAGACGCCAGGGUCCUGGGGCCCGGGGUCUCCUACAUCGUGCGGUACAUGGGCUGCAUCGAAGUCCUCCGCUCCAUGCGCUCUCUGGAUUUUAACACUCGCACCCAGGUGACCAGGGAAGCCAUCAACCGGCUCCAUGAGGCAGUGCCUGGCAUCCGGGGCUCCUGGAAGAAGAAGGCCCAGCACUGCCCUCUGCCCUGUCCCCAGGCCCCGAACAAGGCGCUGGCCUCCAUCCUGGGCAAGACCAACCUGCGCUUCGCUGGCAUGAGCAUCGCUGUGAGCAUCUCCACCGACGGCCUCAACCUGUCCGUGCCUGCCACGCGCCAGGUCAUUGCCAACCACCACAUGCAGUCUAUCUCCUUUGCGUCGGGAGGUGACACGGACAUGACUGAUUAUGUGGCCUACGUAGCCAAGGAUCCCAUCAACCAGAGAGCCUGCCACAUCCUGGAGUGCUGUGAGGGCCUCGCCCAGAGCAUCAUCAGCACCGUGGGCCAAGCCUUCGAGCUGCGCUUCAAACAGUACCUGCACAGCCCCCCCAGGGUGGUCCUGCCCCCGGAAAGGCUGACCAGGCCCGAGGAGACGGCCUGGGGGGACGAGGAGGAAACGGAACACAAUUACUACAACAGCAUCCCAGGGAAGGAGCCGCCCCUGGGUGGGCUGGUGGACUCCAGGCUCGCCCUAACUCAACCCUGUGCCGUCGGCGCCCUCGGCCAGGGCGUAUCGCCUGCUCGAAGGGACACCCGCAGUCUGCCGUGGGACCUGGGCCCCUCAGGCCCACCAGGGGAUGGCUACGUGCAGGCUGAUGCACGGGGCCCCAGAGACUAUGAGGACCACCUGUACGUCAACACACAGGGUCUGGAUGCCCCAGAGCCCCUGCAGCCGGAGGACAGCCCCAAGAAGGACCUGUUCGACAUGCGACCCUUCGAGGACGCUCUGAAGCUGCACGAGUGCUCUGCGGGGGCGGGGGCGGCGGUAGCGCCCCUUCCCUUGGAGGACCAGUGGCCCAGCCCCCCCACCCGCCGGGCCCCCAUCGCCCCCACGGAGGAGCAGCUGCGGCAGGAGCCCUGGUACCAUGGCCAGAUGAGCCGAAGGGCCGCAGAGAAGCUGCUUCGAGCCGACGGGGACUUCCUGGUGCGCGACAGCGUCACCAAUCCCGGGCAGUACGUCCUCACAGGCAUGCACGCGGGGCAGCCCAAGCACCUGCUACUUGUGGACCCUGAGGGCGUGGUGCGGACGAAGGAUGUGCUCUUUGAGAGCAUCAGCCAUCUGAUCGACUACCACCUGCAGAAUGGGCAACCCAUCGUGGCGGCCGAAAGCGAGCUGCAUCUUCGCGGCGUGGUCAAACGCGAGCCCUGAGCCAGCAUGUUUAGAGAUGUGCAACCAUCCUCUACCUAAUUCCAGAACAUUCUACCACCCCAAAAGGUGAUGGUUCUCAGCUCCCAGCUCCUGUCCUGCUCCGCAGAUGCCCCUGUUGUGGCCUUACGGGCUCCUCAGCCUCUCCCUCCGGACCCUGGUCAGGCUGGAACCGCCACUGUCUCUCCUUCCCCCGCAUAGGCCUCUCUCCAGCCGUCCCUGGGCGGGGUCAACAAGGCCAAGAAAUGGGGGCCCGCGACCCGUUUAUCCUGCUGGCGCCCUGCCUGCCUCCACCCUCUGCCUGGAGUGAGGGUGUCCAUACCAAAGACAGAACCUUUUCUCACCUCUAAAGAAAAUACAUUAAAGACAAGCAGUCCUCCAUCUCCAAGCCCUGGCCAGGGCCCCCGAUGGGUUAAGGAGGCCCACCUCUUUUCCCAGAUGGACUUCAGCUUCUCUCCCUGGAAAGAGGGAUUCCUGUCCUUGACUGGUUCAGUUUUUCCACCUGAAAAAUCAGUGCACAGUUGUCUUUUAUGGGGAAGAAUUGAGAUGCUUUGGGUCCUCAGGCCGGGGCACCUGCUGAUGUUGAAGGGGCGGGUAGCCUUGGGGCCCAGCUGGGAUGGGGGGCAUCCAGGCAAGGCCAGCACAACCGGCUCGGGGGUGGGGGGCGGUGGGUGGUUGUGGGACUCUGCCCUCCCGGCUGCCAACCUGCAUGGACAUUUGGGAUCUGCUGGUAACACGACCAUGAGGAAACGAACCCACCUGCACAUUGAGAGGCCCUCUGGCUGGAAGGCUGAGGCCAGUGUCCCAGGGGCAGAGCCAAGGCCCACGGUGUGGCCUUUCGGGGCUGGAGGA